AUGGCGGGCCACGAUCAACGCUCGCGCUCGCGGCUGGGCCCCGCACACCUCCGCCUCUUCGACACAGACGACCUCCCGUCCCCGCUUCCCUCGCCCCCCUACAAGUCCGUCGCAAGCACCUCCCAGCUCGCCCUCCACCAGACCCCGCCCUACCGCUCCCGCGUCGACCUCAUGGACAACGACCGCGACCACGACCACGACCACGACCACGGCCGCGUCCCCGAAAAGCCCCCCGUCGUCCUCGAUUCCCCCCGCCCCGUGUCCGCCGCCCUCCCCCUCGCCCCAGGCACCGCGACCCCCAAGCCCACCGUCCACUACACGGACGACCUCGCCCCCGGCUACUCCGCCGCGCCCUCGCCCCAGCCCUUCCCCCCCUUCUCCCAUUCGCGCCAGGCCUCGCUCGCAGGCACAGACGACGAGUAUGACGAGGACGACGAGUACGACUGGAGCGCCGAGGAGGACCUCGUCGACGAGGAGGCAAAGUUCGAGCACCAGAUGGGCAUCGCACAGCGCCCCCGCGCCUGGGGCUUCAAGCGCGUCGUCACCCUCCUCUUCGGCUCCCUCAUCGGCUCCACCUUUCUCGCCGCACUCCUCGUCGCCGGCCCCGUCCUCGUCCACUUCUUCUGGUACAAGCCCCACCCCACCGACCACCGCCGCUACGUCCUCGACAACCUCCAGGCCUGGCUCUUCUGGGCCGCAGCCAACCUCCUCGUCUCCUGGUGGCUCGCCCUCAUCAUCGACCUCGUCCCCGCAGUCGUCCGCGGCGUCGUCGCUCUCGUCUGGGGCCACGUCUCCGAGAGCAUCAAGACCCGCAUCGAGCUCUUCAACUCCGUCAAGGGCACCGUAAAACCCCUCUUUUACGCGGCGAGCGGAUGGGUCAGCUGGGUCAUCCUCUUUGAGCACAUAUACAACCUCCACGACUCGGGCGAGGAGGCCCAGAGUCGCGCAAAGUACACAAACACGCUCGACAACGUCGUCGAGUUUUUGUUCUUCCUCACCCUCGUCUGGUGCGCCCAAAAGAUGCUCUCGCACGCGAUCGCCUUCGCCUUCCACCGCACCGCGUUCAAGGAGCGCAUCGACGCGCUGCGCGAGUCGCUCCAGGUCAUCGAGCACCUGCGCAACUACCGCCCCAAGACCCCGAAGCACGCGCACGCGCACACCGCCUCGGGCACCCGCACGCCCGUCUUUGCCUCGUUCGGGUUCGGCACGCCCGCGGGCGAGAAGGGCGGGUUCGAGUGGGGCGUGCGCAGGGCGAGCACGCCGCGCGCGGGCACGCCCGAGCCGCUUAGCGGCAUGAGCGCGCUGGGGGGCGCCGUGCACACGGACAGCGAUUGGGAUGCGGACGAGGAGGAGGGCGCGGACGGCAUGGGAAAAGGCAAGAGCAAGGGCAAGGGAAAGGGAAAGGCGAAGGACAAGGGCAAGGGCAAGGGGAAAAAGGCGAAGCGUGGGUCUGCCGGGUUCGGGUACGACGUCGACGCCGACGCCGACGCCGACGUGUCCGCGAACCCCCACCGCUACCCGCCGACGCCGAUGCCGGACGGGGCGGGCGCGGCGCGGCGGUCGAGCGAGGAGGACGGCGGCGCGGCGGUCGUGGCGCAGGCCGCGCGCGUGCUCAAGAACGCGGUGCUGCACGACGCGCGGAACCUCGAGGGGAAGGAGGGCGGCGCGGGCGGGCUGGUGUGGGACGUGACGUCCGCGCACGAGGCCAAGCGCCUCGCGCGGCUGAUCUACACGACGUUCAAGGACCGGCGGCGGCGGUACCUGCUCCCGUCGGACCUGCAGCCGGCGUACAAGACGCCCUCCGACGCGGCGCGCGCGUUCCGGGUGUUCGACGCGGACGACAACGGGGACCUGUCGCGGGCGGAGAUCAAGACGACGCUGCUGAAGGUGUACAAGGAGCGGCGGUUCCUGAGCCGGUCGAUGCGCGACGUGGGCGCGGCGCUGCGCACGCUGGACCUGAUCCUGCUGUUCUUCGCCGCGGCGGUGCUGUUCUUCGUGUCGCUGUCGGUGUUCGACGUGAGCGUGGGCGAGAGCCUGACGAGCGUGUAUUCGAUCGGGAUCGCGGCGAGCUUUAUCUUUAAGAACGCGGCGAGCAAUGCGUUCGAUGCGAUCAUGUUUUUGUUCGUGACGCAUCCGUUCGACACGGGCGAUCGGUGCUUCAUCGACGAGGAGAAUCUGGUCGUGAAGAAGAUGGGCCUGUUCGCGACGGUGUUUGCGCGCUCGGACGGGACGGAGACGUAUUAUUUCAAUAGCCAGCUGUUCAACAAAUUCAUCACGAACGUGCGGCGGAGCGACAAGACGUUCGAGAACCUGACGAUGCAGGUCGCGUGGCGCACGCCGCUCGCGAAGCUCGACGCGCUCGAGCGGUGCCUCAACGAGUGGCUCGCGCGCGAGGAGAACCGCUGGUUCAUGCCCUCCACCUCCGUCACGCUCCAGAAGAUCGACUUUCAGCGCCACCUCGAGAUCACGAUCGGCAUCGGGCACAACGGCACGUGGCAGGACUGGGGCCUCCGCCAGGCGCGCAAGACCGCGUUCCACGCCGCGACGCAGUACUACUGCCGCCAGCUCGGCAUCGUCGCCUUUGAGGCCGCGCUCCCCGUCGCAUGGGCGCACGACCGCGACGGCGAGCGCGGCGUGCUCGCGCGCGCGGACGAGGACGGCGACUCGCAGCACUCGCCACGCUCGCCGCGCGCCGCGUCCUUCGCUGACGCGCCCCCGUCGCCGUCCUCGUCGUCCUCUACACACGCGCGCGGAGACCAUCACCAGCCGCACGCGGCGGCGGCGCCGGCGGACGGGAUGGGCGCGACGAGCGCGGGGGCGGUGGCCGCGGCGGGCGGGACGCACAACUGGCUCGGGUUCGCGCCGCCUGCGCAUGCGCAUGCGGGGGGCGCGGUGCUCGUGUCGGAUAUGCGUGCGCGGAAGAGCAUGAGUCGGAAGGCUGCGAUGCGCGGGUUUGGGCUGGAUGGGUGAGGGUUGAGGUUCGCGGUUCGCGGUUCGAGGUUCGAGGUUCGAGGUUCGCGGUUCGAGGUUCGAGGUUUGAGGUUCGAGGUUCGAGGUUCGAGGUUUGAUGGCGUGCGCGCGCGCGAGGGAGAGGGAGAGGGCGGGGGGAGGUUGUCGUGUCUUUUCCUUGCUUGGUUGCUUGGGGAUUUUACUAAAAUCGUAUCGGCGGCGCGAGGGCGUGUCGUGUGACGAGGGGGGUUGUGCUGCUGUUGUUGUUGUUGCUGCUGCUGCUGCUGCUGCUGCUGCUGUUGUUGUCGUUGCUGCUGCUGCUGCUGCUGUCGCUGUUGUUGUUGUUCGUGCUGGACGUUUCGAUAUCCUCGUCAUCUAGGUUCGCGUUUUCGCUUCCCCUUCUGUGCUUCUUCACAAAGUCCUUGCGGUUCUCACCUGCUUUUGCUCGGCGGUUGUAGAUGGAUCGGUCGCUCGCUCGGUCCUCUUCCCCCUCAUCAUGCGUCCUCCUGAUAGCCCCUUGCUCCCUUCCCCAUCGUCCGCGCAUAGAUCUUUCCCGAGUGCUCUUAUCUUUACUCAUAUACUCACAAUGCAUGUACAUACGCACACAUACAUAUAUCUUUGGCGCAUGGCAC